ACUUUCCCCUGAAACAAGCAAAUCCAACAGUACUUCCCUAAAAGCAUAUUGUUCUCUUGCUUUCUCAUAACUUUUGCCUUCAAUGGCUAGCAAACUGACCUUUACUUUGACACCCCCUCGGUUAUUACCAACCUCAACACAAACACCCUUGAUUUCUUUCUCUUCUUCUGCUUCCACAAGGGUCCAAUUCCAAUCCAAUGGAAAGCAAUUGUGCGUUCGACGCAGAUUGCUCUUACUUCCCACCAAAGCUACAGCUGAUCAGCAAGGAAAGACUGAAGAAGGUGAAUUUGUUGAUAGUAAAAUUCUGCCAUACUGCAGCAUAGAUAAGAAAGAGAAGAAGUCAGUGGGUGAAAUGGAACAGGAGUUUCUUCAAGCACUGCAAGCAUUUUACUAUGAAGGAAAAGCUAUCAUGUCAAAUGAGGAAUUCGAUAAUCUAAAGGAAGAGCUUAUGUGGGAAGGAAGCAGUGUUGUCAUGCUAAGUUCAGAUGAACAGAAGUUUCUGGAAGCCUCAAUGGCUUAUGUGGCUGGGAAACCGAUCAUGAACGAUGAAGAAUUUGAUAAACUGAAGAUGAGAUUAAAGAUGGAAGGAAGCGAAAUUGUGGUUGAGGGUCCAAGAUGCAGUCUCCGUAGUAGAAAGGUGUAUAGUGACCUGUCUGUAGACUAUCUCAAGAUGUUGUUGUUGAACGUACCAGCAACUGUCAUAGCACUAGGAUUGUUUUUCUUCUUGGAUGAUAUAACAGGAUUUGAAAUUACAUAUCUGUUAGAGCUUCCAGAACCAUUCAGUUUUAUUUUCACAUGGUUUGCUGCUGUGCCCUUCCUAGUUUGGCUAGCUCAAUCUCUUACAAAAGUGGUAGUGAGAGAUUCUUUGAUAUUAAAGGGCCCUUGUCCAAACUGUGGAACUGAGAAUGUCUCCUUCUUUGGGACCAUACUAUCAGUCUCCAGUGGAGGUUCUACUAACACCAUCAAAUGUUCUAACUGUGGAACUGGACUGGUGUAUGAUUCAAAAACACGUUUGAUUACAUUGCCUGAAGGAAGUCAAGCUUGACUGAAGGAUAAAUUACUCCAGGGAAUCGAAGAUUAGGUUGUAGCUCACUCAAUAAAGUUUGGGUGAAGUUUGCCUAUAUGUUCUAAACCUGGGAUCAUCAUUUGCUGGGCAAGAUGAAAUUUUGAGAUACACGGCUUUGUUGGAUACAUCUCAGUUGGUAGUGUGAAAAUUAAAAGCUGUAUCUGUAAGUACUAAAAGAAUUGUAUCAUAUCUAUACCUAUUACAGGUUUGAAGGAGAAAAUAAUAACAAAUAAUUUGCAAU